AUGUCCAAUACACAGCCGGAUGACUUAAGUGAUGUUUUGCGAUUUGUAGGAGACUCCGACGACAGUUUUUGGUCAAUUGAAUGUGAAGUUAGAACCUCGCCAAAUGGUGGACUCGGUGUAUUUGCAAAACAGGACCUGGAAGAAGGUACAGUACUUUUGAAAUUGCCCAAAUCAUGCCUAUUCUCUGCUUCGAAUAGUAGUAUUGCGAAUUUGCUUGUGGAUGAUGAAAUCGAUGGGGUGCUUGCUUUGAACAUUGCAUUUUUGUAUGAGACUACAGUGUUCAAGGAAAAGAGCCAUUGGUUCCCGUAUUUGAAAAGUAUCAGGAUAUACAAUGAUGAUGGACUACUUGUCCUACCACCAAGCCAUUGGUCAGAGACCGAGAAGCUUCUGCUCAAAGGUUCGACACUAGAUACAUUGCAUGGCGGGCUAGCUAAGGAUGAAGAUGUUCAAGAGGGUUUUGAGAUUGCCAUUGACUUGGCCCACAAAUGGAAUGGUGAGUUUGGACUGCCAAUACCUCAGGGCUUCCUCGAUGUCGAUCUCAGUGAUAAGCAGGAGGUACUGUUGAAAUUCCACAGGUUUGUAGCGACGGCGUAUGCUUUGUCGUCGAGAAUUUUUGAAAUCGACGCAUUCCACGAGAGUGCCUUGGUUCCAAUUGCAGAUCUAUUCAAUCACCAUGUUACCACACCAGACGUUCAUUUCAGCUCACUGUAUGACGUUUGUCAAUUGUGCGGUGAACCGGGCAUGUGUAAGCACCUGGUUGCUGAAGCUGCUCUAGAAGCUGCCCAGCAGGACUUGAGUGAGCAAGAAAUGGAUGAAUCUUCAGAUGAAGACGAAGACAAUGACGAUGACGAGUCGAAGCAGGAUGAACUAGUCGAUAUGACACUUGUGCAUGCGGUUAAAAAGGGCCAAGAAGUCUUUAAUUCUUAUGGUGACUUGUCCAACGCACUGCUUCUGGCUCGCUACGGGUUUACCGUUGCACAUAACCCCAACGAUGUGUUGCAUCUAGGCAAAGAGAUCAGGCAACUGGCCAGGCACCAACGUCAUGCACAAAGAAUAGCCUGGUGGAGAAAGAUUGGCUACCCUCUAUGGUUCCGAUCGACGCAUAAACAGGAAACCGAGCCCGAUGAGGAGUUGGAACAGGAGCUACCACCCUGGCUGUCAGAGAUGUGCAUUGAUUCAGAGGGCAGUCCCGCUGAAGCCCUCGUUGCCUUCCUAAAUCUCCUGUCGAUGAGUGAACUACAAUGGAAGAGACUAUACGAUACCUCCAAAAUCCAAGCAUUAAACAAGAUGGGUGACGCAGGCGUCAGAACAUUCCUACUACGACUCCUUGCCUACAAAGGAUUAUCAUUACAAUUACCAAAACCAGACACUCCUGAUACCAUCAAGAGCCUGCUGAACUCGGAACGAAGAAUAUUACAGAAGGCAAAAUACCUACAAACUCAACCACAUAACUAG